AUGGCUGCCACCGGGAAGCGUCCCGAGAUCAUUGAACUUUCCCGAGAUCUGCGCGGUAUCCCGCAAUGUGAGAAUUACGAGCGCAUGAUUUCAGGGAUGAUGUAUAAUCCCAACAUGCCGCAGUUGCUUGAGGCACGUCACCACUGCCGUGGCUUGACUCGCGAUUACAACGAUCUGGAUACGAAGACCAUUCCAUACGACCAAGUUUUUGAGAAGCGACUAGAAUUACUUCGCAAAUUGUGCGGUAAGGUCGAAGAUGGCACCUUCGUGGAGCCACCGUUCAUGCCAGAUUCGGCUGCAAUAUGA